AAUGGGACUGGAUAUUUAAACUGAGGCAGCCUUGGCGAGUCGGGGCAAUUUAUAGAGGGAUGGCCAGAAAAUAAAAAGGUGUCCUGGCCUUUAGAUUGACCCAAGAAUGCCACUAGUGAAGAGGAACAUCGAGCCCAGGCACCUGUGUCAUACGGUGCUACCAAGAGGCAUCAAGAAUGAACUGGAAUGUGUGACUAACGUGUCACUGGCAAAUAUAAUACGGCAGCUCAGCAGCCUGAGUAAAUAUGCAGAAGACGUGUUUGGCGAGCUAUUUAAUGAGGCCCACGCAUUCUCAUUCCGGGUGAACUCUCUACAGGAGCGCGUGGACAGCCUCUCUGUCAGUGUCACACAGCUGGACCCCAAGGAGGAAGAACUUUCCCUGCAGGAUAUCACUAUGAGAAAAGCCUUCAAAAGCUCCACUAUCCAAGACCAGCAGCUCUUUGACCGCAGGACAUUGCCUAUUCCACUACAGGAGACAUACGACCUGUGUGAACAGCCCCCACCACUCAACAUACUAACACCUUACAGGGAUGAUGGCAAGGAGGGUUUGAAGUUCUACACAAACCCUUCUUAUUUCUUCGACCUAUGGAGGGAGAAGAUGUUGCAAGAUACAGAGGACAAGAGGAAAGAGAAAAGAAAGCAGAAGCUGGAACCUCCGUUUCAUGUCUCAUCUGAAGGCUUUCUCUGUGUCACCACAGAGCUCACAAACACCAUGCUGGAGUUACAGGAUUCCAGCAGAUUAUCUCAGACCUGUAGGUUUUUAGGCCAUCCUGGUCAGCUGAAAAACAUAGAUCGUCCUCAAGAGCCUGAGAAAGUGCCCAGGGCUCCUCAUGACCGGCGUAAAGAGUGGCAGAAGCUGGCCCUUGGACCCGAGCUAGCAGAGGACGAGUCGGACGACCCCCACAAACAGAGAGAGCUCGCCAACGGCGCAGCAACAUACUGUGACGCAAGGCAACCUGUUUACAUGGAUCCUAUAGAUGGACCCUUUUCGCUGGCAGCAUUACCUUACAGUCAGAUGAAUGAGCUCCUGAACAGAACCGGGGACAGGAUGUGCGUCAGACCGCAUGAGCCUCCCCCACCUCCACCAAUGCACGGAGGAGGAGACCUCAAAACACCCUCGAUUAUCAGCUCUAGUUCCGGACUGACAGACAGUCGCCCCCAGUCUCCAGCGAGAACACCAGUGUUCUUAAACCCCUCUGCACACCCUCCUCCCCCACCACCCUUACCCCCUCCACCACCCCCGCUUCCACUAAGGAGGUGGGACCUUUGGGAGGUGGGUAACGGGUGGAAACCGGGUCGGGCGGAGGGGUCGUGCCGAGGGUGUCCGAGGUCUCCCCCCCUGGGGAGAGGGGGCUGUCUCUCGGUCCAGGAGGGAGGGGGUGGGGGCGGGCCACCACUGCCCUUACCGGGGCUCAGGUCUGCUUCUCCUUCUCUCGCUCCUCCUCCCCCCGGGCCGCCCCCUGUUCCUUCCUUCUUGCUAGCUGCCAACCUUUCCUCCGAAUCCAAGCGUCACCCCUCCAACCUUCCUGUCAUCACCGAUGCCAGGAGUGUGCUUCUGGAAGCAAUCCGCAAAGGUAUUCAGCUUCGAAAAGUGGAGGAGCAGCGGGAACAAGAGGCGAAGCACGAUCGCGUGGGUAACGACGUGGCCACCAUCCUGUCACGCCGCAUUGCUGUGGAGUACAGUGAUUCGGAGGAUGACUCGGAAUUCGAUGAGGUUGACUGGCUGGAGUAAAACCUGGACUUUGUUUCUCUUUUUCACUAUAACUGAUAAGUGCUGUCAUCCAUAUGUGGGUCUCGUCUGGGGGCAAGAAAAAAAGAUUUGACAGUCAUUUGUUUUUCGGCUGUUUUGUACUCAUUUUCUACACCCCAUCUUAAAAGUUUCUUAUUUUUUUUCAAUGAUAAGAAUCUUCCUAAUUACAUAUUUAAAAAAUAAUAGUGAAUACAAUUACGUUUUUACUGUGACUUUUGUGGGAGGUAAAAUAAAAAAAAAACAAAAAAAAAAAACAGUUGCCGUUAAGUAUUAGUGGGUGUUGGUACGCAUUGUCUUUUGAAGUCAGUUCUUUUACCACAGCGCCCUCUCCUGGAACAACACAGAACUACUGCUUUUUUUUUUAAUUCCUUUUUUCUGAUGGCCAGUAGUUUGUGGCGCAAGCUGAAUCAAGGAUUUACUAAACCCAAGUAUGUUGCAUGAGCAGCUAACAUGCAUAAUGUAUUGACAGGCUGUUUAAUUGUAUGCACACUUUGUGAAUACCGACUUGAAGAAUCCAUAUAAGACUACAAGCCUUGAGGCAGCUUUUUAUAACUUUACCACUGCCAAGCAUUGUGAGUCUUAUGCCCUCUUAGAUCAUAUGUCUCCUGAGAUUACAAACUGAAACAGAUACACUGCCUAGAUUUUAAACUUGGGAAGGACGCCCUUACUCUAGACUUACUGUAUUAAAAAAAAAAAAAUUGUAUAUACUAUGCCUUAUUGUUUUUUUAUGUGAUUUUAUUGUUAUCUUCAUUUCUGUUCAUGAAUGUCCUGUGCUGUACUACUUUGCCUGCACUCUUUAAGUAAUAGCUGUUUCUACGUCAAAACAACAACUGAUUUGAAUAUACUGUGUAACUUAUGUAACUGUUUACAGUUUGCUUGAUUUAAUAAAAGCUAAGCUUAUGUUUAAAAAAAAAAA